UCGGUUUGAGAGCUGGCAGAAAGGUGUCUGUGCCAAAGGCUGGCUUCACAGUUUCUGGAUUGGACGGCGUCCCUGCCAUGGUCAGCGAUUGGUUCCAAGUAGCGGCAAAAAAAAACAGUGCAAACUGAGGAGAAAAGAGGAGCAGUCGGUCACCGUUUGCACCGGUACCAGCACAGAGACAGAGUGACAGGACAUGGGGAACAGCAGCUCUAGUUUACAGCCCCGAUCCACCUGGAAUAACAUCAAUCUGGCCAAUAGCAGCAGCAGCAGAACGACUCCCGGGCUGCACUGUCACGGACACGGACACCAUCAGUAUGCAGCUCACCAGACCCGCUCUGGAUCUGCUCGUCAGUACUACACCGUUCCAACUAAUGGUCAUGAACGGAGAGCACAUCCAAACAUUGCUGAACCUCCUAGAUUUCAUUCGCAGGCCAAAGGGAAAAAUGUCCGUCUGGACUCACAUUUCAGGAAAGCCACUCGGAAGAACAGUUUCUGUAAUGGUGUUACGUUCAGCAACCGCCCAGUUCACCUUUAUGAAAAAGUGCGAUUACGGUUAUCAGUGGUACUUCACGGGUGGAGUGGUGCUUUACGGUUUGGUUUUACAAGUCAUGAUCCCUCUCAGAUGAGCUCUGCAGAUAUCCCAAAGUAUGCCUGCCCUGAUUUGGUAACCAGGCCUGGUUUCUGGGCCAAGGCAUUACCUGAAAGGUUUGCUCUGAAAGACAACGUCCUUGCUUUUUGGGUGGACAGGCAUGGACGAGUAUUUUACAAUGUGAACGAUGAAGACCCUGUUCUUUUCCAGUGUGGUAUUAAUGUUUCAGGACCACUCUGGGCAUUGAUUGACAUUUAUGGAAUUACACAAGAGGUCCAAAUGCUUGAGAGUAUGUUUGCAGAAACCAUAACUUCAGCACGGCUCAACACAGCACGACUGAAUAGUUGCCUUCCUCAGACGAGUCAUGACAAUGCCAACUUCAAUAAUAACGAACUGGAGAACAGUGUUGUGGUGGCAAAAAUCACAAACCUAAACGUAGGCGAAGUUCAAAGCCUUGCAGCAGACAAUCAUAACUUACCGUGCUGUCCCAACAGACGGCUUCGCUCACGGGGCCUACCGUCCUUCCUCGACACUGACCUUCACUUUCACCAUAUACGAGGGCCUGACGUCACUCUUUCUCAGGACAGGAUGGGCGCGUGCACAAACUGGAAGGAGAGUACUAGGACCCUGGUGUUCUCUGAUCGACCUUUACAUACUGGAGAGACCUUGUAUGUGGAGGUGGGACAUUUAGGGUUGUCGUAUUAUGGUGCUCUGCUCUUCGGUGUGACAUCAUGCGACCCCAGUACCCUGCGAACAAAUGAGCUCCCAGCGGAUCCAGAAUGUCUGCUUGAUCGUAAGGAGUAUUGGGUGGUGUACAGAGGUUUCUCAGUGCCCAACAACGGUGAUAUUUUCAGUUUCACUAUUCUGCCAAAUGGUGAGCUCCAUCAUCGUGUUAAUGGAAUAAACAUAGGGAUGCUGGUCUUUGUGGACACCACUCAGUCACUGUGGGUAUUCUUCAGCUUACAUGGAGUGGUCAAUCAGCUCAGGAUUCUGGGUACGUCUCAGUCCAGUCCUGUAGAUGUAUCUCCUUCAGGUUCUCCGGGUGGUUCCCAUUAUGACAGUGACUCUGACAUGGCAUUCAGCGUUAAUAGAUCCUCCUCUGCAUCUGAAUCAUCACUUGUGACUGCACCCAGCUCUCCUCUGAGCCCUCAGUUCUCCCCAAGUUUCUCUCCGCCUGAACCACCAAGUAGCAAAAAUGGAGAAUGCGCAGUCUGCUUCGAUAGUGAAGUUGAUACUGUUAUUUACACCUGUGGACAUAUGUGUCUCUGCUACGACUGUGGUCUUAAGUUGAAGAAGCAGAUCAAUGCCUGUUGUCCUAUCUGUAGGCGAGUUAUAAAGGAUGUCAUUAAGAUAUACCGUCCAUGAGAUAUUUGGCUCCUAUAAGGACUGUUUCUCAAUCCACACUAUAAUUUUCUAAAAAAAAGUAGAGGUUUUAUGGAUAUUGAAAGCUUCUAUUGCUCACUUUAAUUUCAGUUAUAUACACAAAGUGUGGCUGUAUUCUUUGUCAUUUAACUUAGUUUCUCUAUCUCUUUAUUUGUCUUCCCCCUUUCUGUCUCUGUUCCUGCUGUCUGCAGAUACUUGCUGGCAGGAAACUGGGAUGGCUGCACACAGUUCCACCUGUAGAAACAGAUCCACCUGAUAAUUAACAAGUAUUUCUCAAGCAGAGAAAUUUGGAGACCAUCCUGUAGCCAGGCUGAAUACAGGUUAAUUAAUCUAGAUAAAAUUAAGCUGUUCAGUUGAAGAGCAAUAUUCUUCUGAUUUCUUUUGCCAUUCUGUCAUUGCUCCAAGGAAAAUACUAGUCAUUAACAAAGACCAAAUAAUUUGAGAAAGACAGAUAUUCUGUAAGGAUAUCCCAAGAUCACAUCUAUGACAAUAUUUCCAAUGACUUACUACUAGCAGGUUAUUUUCCACAGGCAGUUAGCUAUUGGUCUGCAGGGUCAGUAAUGGAAUUCUCUCCACAUAUUCUCCACAAGGACUGAUAUUACUGCAUUUGCUUCAUGCACAACAGCCUGUGAAGUUAUUUAGAGAGAUCUCAAUUGCCACAUCCAAUUAAGACAUCAUAAUUACCUUUAAAGUACAUUUUAAAUUUAAUCUGGAGAUAAUGUACAUAUUUCUAACAGAUUAGUUCAUGUCUAAUUGCUGUUGUGUUGUGGAUGCGAUGUGCAUGCCAAAAUUGAUAGCUGGUGAAGGACCCCCAAAUUGAGAGCUAUUUUGUCUAAGUUUUCUAAAACAUCAAGCAGUGACUUUGCUGAAGGAAUUGGGGAGUUUGAUGGGUUCAAUAUAAUGACUGGAAGUUGUAGUUUCCCUUUUUGGCACAAAUUCAAUAACAAUAAAAUGUAAACGCAUAACAGUGACUGUAAACAGGCUCUUUUAUUCAAAAAAAACUUGUUUUAUUAUUUGUUUAAAAAUUGGUCCUUUUUUGUUCAUCUGCUGAUCGGGUCAUCUCACAAGUUUUUGGUUCAUUACCAGCCGUUUCUUUCAUACCCCUCUGUAAAAACAGCUUUACAGUCUCAACUUGUCAUUCUUGAUUGAGAUCUGUUUCCCUGUAAUCCAUGAGUGAGGACAUAGUAGUACAUUCCAUGAAUUUGAGAAAACAGAAAAGAGUGAGGGUGAGGAGAGGAAGACCCAAGAGAAGCUUGGUUCCAUCAACCAAAUUUUUAAUUGAUUCACAUGUUUCAGAGUCUUGGCUAACAUGCCAGCAAAGAGAUAUUGCAACUUUAAAAUGGCUUUAACAAUUAGAAGUUUUAUGCUGGAUUUUUUUCUGUGGUGAUUCAAUGCUACAGGUGCCUUACAUAGGAAGGUGAUGCACUUUCUGAUUCCCCGUGAACUUUGACUGCCACUAUUAUAGAUUCACUGACUAAUGGCAAAGUAGUUUUAUAGGACUCACGUGACAACCACAAAAAUAUUUUCCUUUUGAUAAUGGAUCGAAAAUGGUAUCUAACACAAAUAUAUUUAAUAUCUUGCCUAAUUUGCUGACUUUGUACAAAAAUAGUAUAUAGUUUCGUUAGAGUAUUGUUUCAAUAUUCAAGAUGAUGGCUCAUACUACAAAUGUCAACAGACACUUUGUACAAACUCUGCUUGCAAUAUAUAGUGUAAACAUUAUAAUUUUUUUUGCACUUAAAUGUUUUUUGUUGUCCAGGAUUUGAGUGUCUGUGUGCGUGUACUUGUACUGUAACUGAAAAGAUUAAUAGAUGAGUUACAAAAGAGGAAAUGAGACCCAAAUUUGAAAUUAAAGGUUUGAGUGUACCUUUCACCAAGGCCUAACAGGAUUGACAAUCAGAACUGACAGAACACCUCUUUAAAUAGUUCAUAACAAGAUUCGGUAACACAUUCUUUUAAGGAGAUAUGAACAAGUGUCCAAUAAAUCUUUCAAUAAUUUAUCAAAUUCAAAUUAAGAUUUCACUAGAUAAUUUAAUUGUCUUUUACUCUUCAUUUGCUUUUGUUUUCUACUCACCUUUUAAUUCUUCUGUUCCAUCCUAACACCCUUUACCCAUCCAAUAUUACUCUCAACUUUGUAAUUCUCUUUUUGACCGUUUAUGUUCAAUAUAUCUUUCCAUUAUAGUCUCAGCUUAUUUAUAUGUGUCCAUAGACUAUUGAAUUUGUAGAGCACCUGAUUCUGCCCUUGACCUGUUAAAGGUUUCUAUGGACAAAAUCUUGUGGAAGCGACGAGGUUUUCAUCUGCAGACUGGAGAAUAGCUAGGAUUUCUCUGUCUCCUCUUUUCAGGAAAACCAUCUAGUCUAGCACUUGACAGAGCAGGGCCAGGCUUUUCCCAGAGGCCAAAGACCAUAGGGAUGGAUGGCCUGCUUGCCAAGAGCUUCUGGCCAAUCAGAUCCCAGCAAUCCUAGUGAAAUUUGCUGUCUAGUACAACCACCCCAAGGAUUGUCGCUGGACCUCACAGUAGAUGUGAGUGAUAACAAGUGAUGGGCUUGUGAGGAUGGUUUGGGAUUGGGGGAGUCAGCAUUAAAUGCAGGGAAGAGGCUCCCUACCUGAUGAUGUCACAUAACCCAAUCAGCCAUUUGGCACCUUUGAAUGAAGUGAAUAAUGGUGAGUCUGCAGUCAAACAAAUGUGCCUGGGUUUAUUUGUAUACGCCCAGCACAGCAAUCCCAUUUCCUACUCCCUCACAACAUCACCACUAGCUGCUUGAUUAAUAUCUGCAAUUUUUUUUCUUUAUUCAUUCACGGGUUGUGAAGUGUCGCUGGCUAGGCAGCAUUUAUUGCCCAGAGGGCAGUUAAGAGUUAGCCACAUUGCUGUGGGUCUGGAUCCACAGGUAGGCCAGACCAGGUAAGGACGGCAGUUUCCUUCCCUAAAGGGCAUUAGUGAACCAGAUGGGGUUUUCCCGACAAUUGACAAUGGGUUCAUGGUCAUCUUUAGAUUUGGAAUUCCAGAUAUUCAUUGAAUUCAAAUUCCAUAUCUGCCAUGGCAGAAUUUGAACCAAGGUCCCCAGAACAUUAUCUGGGUCUCUGGAUUAACAGCCCAGCAAUAAUACCACUAGGCCAUUGCCUCUCCAUGGUGCAUUUAGGUGACAAUGGGGCAGAAUGGCCCAUGUAUAGAUGUAACUAGAGUGAAGCUGAGAGGAUAGAAUGAAAUUAUCCAUUGCUACCAAACCUGUCAUAGCAGAGGGCACAAAGUCCUGCCCCAUAUUCUCAUAGUUUUAGCUUGUCACUGCUUGGAAAUAAGCAAAGGAGACCUUCUUUUAAUAUAGGAUGUUCAUAGGUUGUGAACCUCCCCAAUAAUUGCUAUGGAGAGGUCAUGGUGAGCUGCCUUCUUGAACCACUACAGUCCACUGAGUGUUUGUACACGAAGUGUUAGGAAUGAAGUUCUAGGUUUGUGAUCUAAUGACAGUGAAGGAACAGAGAUAUAGUUCCAAAUCAGGAAGGAAUGUGAUUUAGAGAGAAACUUGCAGCUGAUUGUGUUAACCAAGGCGUUCUAGGUGGUACAGGUUAUGGGUUUGGAAGAUAUUGUCAAACAGGGCUUGGUGAGUUAGAUCAAAUAUAAUAUCAGUAUAUGAAAAAUAAAUCAAACUUUAUCUCAAUGCAUGGGGAGGUCUUUAAACAGUGUGUAGAAAGCAUGUGCCGAAAAGCAUGUACCAGAGAGGUAGAUAAUGAGAUGUAUCACAUUGAGGUGUUGGCAUUCUGAGAUAAAACCUUGCCCCAGUAUUUUGGGUUCAGUGUACAGAAAGCAAAGAAACAGGGAAUAUUGCAGUGACUCAAUAUCCAUAUGAAGAACGUGUUCAUUGUUUUUACCAGAUUUUAAAGAAUUAAGGACAGAAAAUGUUUUUUAAUAGCCCUGUCAUAACCUCAAACUGUGAAUCCGUUAGGGCAACCUAUGAAGUCUUUUGAAAUGUAGUAAUAAUUGUAAUGUAGGAAAUAUGUUAAUUUGUGUAGUGAAAGGUUGUGCAGGCAUUGGGAUAAAACCAGAUACCAUGUCUUUGAUGGUAUUGGCUAAGGAAUAAAUAUUGGCCAGGGCACCAGAAGAAGUCCCUUGCUCUUCUUCCAAUAGUGCUCUGGGGUGUUUUUCAUUCAUCUGAGAGGAAAGACUGGACACUGGUUGAAGAAGUCAUCUGAAAAGUAGCACUCCAACAUUACUGUGCUGACAGAUUGGUCUAUAUUAUGGACUGAAUGUAAUUCUGGUGGUGGUUCACAUAAAAUGGUAAGACUGCCUGCACUUGCUGGGCUCACCCCACUGCAAAUGAAAGUACAGGCAGGAUCGUUCAUUAUUCCCCAAAAACAGGUCCUGUCUCAGAGAGCUGCCAGCUAACUGGAGGGUGGCAGAUUUCAUGUCCCAUUAAUGAUGGAACACAGCUCUGUAAACAGAAGAAUGAGAGGAAGGCCUUUAGCAUUAGAAGUAGGAUCAAACUCCAAUGAGGGGCUUCAGGAGGCAUGUGUCAUUGGAAAGUAAUGGCCACAGCUUAAGGUAUGCCCUCCAUUCGUCAGAGGAUGUCCAUCAAAGGCACCAACUCCCUCAACCCAACCACCAGCCCGGCAACAAAUCUUGUCAGGUUUUACUUGGAAGCCUGGUGCAAGGCAUCAGCCUCUCCUGUUGCAGGUAAAAUCCCAAUGUCAGUGGGAGGAGAACAUUUUGUGACCCAAGGGCAAUUUUUUUGUUUUACUCCUCCUUGGCAAAAUUGUAGUAGGUGUGACCAUAAGAUCAUAAGAUAUAGAAGCAGAAUUAGGCCUUUCAGCCUGUUGAGUCUGCUCCAUCACUGAAUCGUGGUUGUUAUGUUUCGCAACCCACUCACCUGCCUUCUUCCUGUAAUCUUCGAUCCCCUUACUAAUCAAGAAUCCAGUCUUAAAUACAGUUAAUUACUUGGCUUCCAGUCGUCUGUGACAGUGAAUUCUACAGAUUCACCACCCUCUGGCUGAAGAAAUUCCUCCUUAUCUCAGUUCUAAAAGGUCACCCCUUCACUCUGAGGUUGAGCAGUCAGGUCUGAGUCUCUCCCGCAAGUAGAAACAUCUUCUCCAUGUCCACUCUAUCAAGUUCCCUCAAUCUCUCAUAAGUUGCAAUGAGAUCACCCACCCUCUCCCCCCGCCCACCACAACCUUUCUUCUAAACUCCGUCAAGUUCAGACCUGGGAGUCUUCAACUGCUCCUCAUAUGUCAAGCCUUUCAGCCCCUGAAUGAUUUUUGUAAACCUCAUUUGGACCCCCUCCAAGACCAGCACAUCCUUCCUUAAACAUGGGGCCCAAGACUGCUUAUAAUAUUCCAAAUCCAGUCUGACCACAGCCUUAUACAACCUCAGCAGUGCAUCUCUGCUUUGUGUUCUAGCUUUCUUGAAAUUAAUGCCAACAUCGCAUUUGCCUUCUUAACUGUCAGCUGGAAUUGCAUAUUAAUCUUAAGAGAAUCCUGAAUUCCUUAGUCCCUUUAUGCUUCAGAUUUCUGAAAACCAUUCCCAUUUAGAAAAUAGCCUACACCUCUAUUCUUGGUACCAAAGUCCAUAACCUCGCACAUUGUAUUCCAUCUGCCACUUCUUACCCACUCUCCUAGCUUGUCCAAGUCCUUCUGCAGCCUCCCUACCUCUUCAGCGAUACAUGUCCCUCCACCUAUCUCUGUGCCAUCUGCAAACUUAGCAAUAUUACCCCUCAGUUCCUUUAUCCAGAUCGUUAAUGUAUAAUAUAAAUAAUUGUGAUCCCACACUGGCCUCUGAGGAACUCCAAUAGUCACCAACUACUAUUGUGAAAAAGAUCUCUUUAUCCCCAUUCUCAGCCUUCUGCUAGUCAGCCAAUCCUCUAUCCAUACCAGUAGGGUGGCAUGGUUAUUCAGUGGUUAGCACUGCUUCCUCACAGCACCAGGGACCUGGGCUAAAAUGCACCCUUGGGUGACUGUCUGUGUUCAGUUUGUAUGUUGUCUCUAUGGGUUUCCUCUGUAUGCUCUGGUUUCCUUCCACAGUCCAAAGAUGUGCAGGUUUGGUGAAUUGGCCUUGGGAAAUGCAGGGUUCACGGAGUAGGGUGGGUCUAGGUGGGAUACUUUUCAGUGGGAUGAUGUGGACUUGAUGGGCUGAAGGGCCUAGUCCCACACUGUGGGGAUUCUAUAUGAGUAGGUGCUAAGAAUGAUGUCCAAAUUUACAAGAAUCUCCCAAAUGCCAUUUUUCUGCAGGAGUAAUAAAAUUUUAGCCUAUUAUUUAAGCCUCUUGCAUUUAACAUCUGCUUUCCUGUAGAUUUCACCUGUAAAAGCUUUAGCUACCCUUGUCCUUGACUGCAUUUUCUUUUAUUAGUGAAAUUAUUGACUUGUGCUAGUUUACUGUUCCAUUAUUAACACCGUCCACCAGUACAUCACUCAAAAAUCUGGCACAGACUAUAAGCCUAAUGAGUUCCAGGCUAUACAAUCAUUCACGCAUUACAACAAUCCCAAUCCUGAUUUCUCCCCAAAUCUAUACUUUUGUGUAUUCCAGACAGCAAUUAAUUUUGGGCAUCAGGUCUCCGGUUUAGCUCCUUUCUUUGAAUACUGUGAUUAAUUCUAGCAUUGCCAUUGCUGCCCUGUCAGUACAUUUCAGGGAUCCACCUGGAAUCUUCCUUGCCUAUAAUGCUUACUAUUACUAGAAGCUUUUUUUUAACCCGUCAAUCAAUGAAUAUUUAGAAAAGCCAAACAUUUUAAUUCCUUGCUUUUUCAUAAACAUGGUUUAAAACAAAAUUGAGGCAAAGCUGGUUUGUAAGAUUUCACUUGAAACUUCCUUUGUAUAGCUGAUGCAUUAGAUUUAAAAUAUUGAAUGAUACAGUCAGAAACCAUAGGUAAUGAGCUAGUGCCUUUGUUUUGGUGGGGAUGGGGCAGCACACAGGUCACCCCUAAUUGAUGUAUUGUUAUAGCAAGUGUUAUCUUUGUUGUGUUAUUACAUUCAACAUGUUACAGCCAAUUUUAUAAACAACCAAAGAGGAAUUAACCUUGCCACCUUAGACCCGUUAACAAUGUUGUGCAAUAGUUCAAAAACACACCUCACUGGUACAUUAAGGAUUAGAUUAUUAGUUUUACUUCAAGGUAAAUAUGCUUUCAGAUCAUGCUUGUUCAUGUUUCCUCAGAUUAAUGUGUUCGUUGGAAAAAAGAUGUAAUGUUCCAUGUAAAUUCUGUAAAAGUGCUGCAGUGAAACCUCGUACAGGCUGACAACUAAAGAUGACAGUUUUUCACUGUUGUAUUUCUGCUGUCAUCUGUUUACAAGGUGCACUUUAUAUACAGUGCAACAUUUUUAGCUAAGUGCAAAGGAAUUGAUUGUGGGGUUCAUUGGAUUAUUUUUAAGCCUAAACUGCAUUUAAGAUCUUAACCCUCAAGGUUUUAAGCAGUGGCAUUGCAUUUCCACUGUAUGUGUUACUCUUUCUUGAGUUGUGUCUGUUUUUGGAAACUUUGUAAACUAGUAAAAUAAAUCAAUCACUGGCAUUAGUUUGAUUUGUAAGCAGUUUUAGCAUCUAUUUUAUGUAGGCUUAAAAGAUAAUGGUCCUAAUUUUAACCUCCUUCUGGUGGUGCAAUGAAGAUUUUGCCUCAUGCAGUGACAUCUGGCAUUAUCAUCUAUAGAAAAGUUCUAUAAAUUUCUUAGCGUGCAGUUAGCAUUAAUAAAUACUAGUUACUAGUUCUUAAAAUAUAUUCAAAGAAAAACACUGUAAAAAAAAAAGUUGGAUUGGGUAUUCAGUGAAAAAGAGGUUAGAUGAAUGAUUGUAUGGAGACAGUUUUUUUACUCUGUCUAGCAGUACCUGUGGCUAGUGUGUAGUAGAUUGGACCAUGCAGAGCAAUAAUUUACACACAGUUUGUGAGCACCUUAAAAUCUCAAUUGAUCACAAGUUAACUGGAUUGAUCCACAUCUUUGCAUUGUCAUUGCACCAAGUAAAGGUUAAAAUAGUGUCCAAUAUCUAAGCAUAUUGUUUAUAUAGGAACUAAGGGAGACACUUUGUUUCUGGUAAAGCAGAUAAGAAUGCAAUUGUUAACUGUGAAAGACGAUAGUAGUUGGUUAUUCCGUUUAAAACUGAAUCCAAAUAACUGUGACUUGUUACUUCUAUCCACAAAGAUCUAAAUCAAAAUCAAACAAGAGUCAACAUAAAAACAUAUCUGGAUUAAUUAAAAAUUAAGUUCCUUUUGAAAUUUAAAUACUUAAAGAAUUAAUUGAAAUUGUAAUGUUUAAGUAGGAGGUUCAGAAACAAGUUAUUACCCUCGUCCUUGUACUUUAUAGGUUAAUUUUCUGAAAACACUGCAAACAAAUUAUGUUUUGCUGCUUUUUGUAAAUUAUUUGCUUAAAACACUUUGUUGAUUCUGGUUCUGAAUAAAUACAUACUGUACAGCUUCAUAGUAGACUGCUUCACUAUGUAUACUGGGAUGUUUUCAGAUGAAAAUGCAGUUUUAAUGCUGUUGUUAACAGUUGCAUAAUUGUAACAUUCCUUUGUUAUGUGACCAAAUGCUUCCCAUGUUGCUCACACGACCAGGCUUAUAAAGUCUUUUUGAGACCUA